ACAUAUAACAUCAGAUUUACUCGGUUUUUAAUAAUCAAUGCAUUUAUAAGGUUUUUGCAUUUUUUAUUUAUCAAGCGAAAUCUGUGUUUUAAGCGCAUAUAAGUUUAACGCAACUACGGAUUUAUAAAUUCUGGGGCUUUCCAAUAUGGCGUCUUUUGGCUUCAAAAAUUUCGAAAUUUUAUUAGGAGAUGCGCUAUCCAGUUAUUAUAGAGAUCAGUGGCCUUUAUUAGGAACAAAAGUUCCGGAUGAUAAAAUUAUUGUCGGUGUAGUAUGAGAUUUUUACUCCCGUGUUUUUUUACUCCCCAGUAAAAAUAUCAUAUGAAGUUUUUACCGCGGAGUAAAAAAAAGCAUAUGAGAUUUUUACUCUCACUAUUUUAUUUUUACUCUCAAGUUGUUAUUAGCGGAAUUGCAUAUCAAUAAAACAUGCACUCUAGAUUUGCAGACAUUUUUAGUUACUUAAAAUACCAAAUAUAUCCAAAAGAAGUUUUAAAUAAAGGCGAUAAAGCCAAUUUUAGAAGACAAACUAAGCCAUUUAUAGUUGAUAAUAAUGAGUUAUAUCAUUUAAAUAAAGCUGCAAAGAGAAAAGUUAUUUGGAGUAGAGAUGAACAACAAAACAUAAUGAAGUUUGUUCAUGAAGGAAACGAUGUCUCUGUUGAGUCUAAAGCUUUAUCUGGUCAUACAGGUAUUAAUAACACAACCUAUCAAAUUUAAAGUAGAUUUUUCUGGUAUGGAAUAAUAAAAGAUAUUACAACUUAUGUUUCCAAAUGUGACCAAUGCCAAAAGUCAAAGAACAGAAAACUUCAGUCGAAACCAUUGCUGCAAAAUAUUUCAAUUCCUAAAGGCAAUAUGAAGCAGGUAGGAAUCUAUUUAACACAGCUACCAGAAGUUAACGGUUGCAAAUAUCUAGUUGUAUUAAUCGACUACUUCAGUAAAUGGGUUGAAGCUAAAGCUGUGGCUUUUUUUUUGUAUAAACAGAUUUGUCGACAUGGCUGUUUUGAAAUUCAAAUAAAUGACCAAGGUCGUGAGUUUGUAAAUGAAAUUUCUAAAAAACUUUACUCAAAAACAGGAACAAUUUAAAGAAUUACAAGUGCAUAUCAUCCUCAAGCUAAUGGAUUAGUAGAGAGACAAAAUCAAACAAUUAAACGUAUAUUAGUAAAAGUGCUUGAUGAGGCUGCUUUGGAAUGGCCAUACAUUAUUGAUAGUGUUUUGUUUUCUUUAAGAGUUAGAAAGCACAAAUCUACUGGGUUUUCACCGUUGGCAUUGCUUUACCAAAGGGAAGCAGUUCUUCCUAUUGAUAUAGAUUGCAAUUUAAUUGACUUUAAUGAUAGUAACGCUCUUAGCAAUGAUGAUUUCUCUAACAAAAAAAUAGUUUCAGAUACCUUUCAUGCAAUGAAUAAAAUGAAGAAUAAAAUUUUUGACGAUGCUUAUAAAAAUAUUGAAAAAUCUCAAAAAAGACAAAAACAUGAUUACGACAAGAGAAUCGCACCAAAUAAUGAAAUUAGCAUAAAUAAAAAAGUGUUACUAAGAAAUAGCAGACGUGAUGAUAGAAAAGGUGGUAAACUUGUAAAGCCUUGGACUGGACCAUACAUUGUAACUUCUAUUUCUAGCACAAAUAACUGCACUUUGAAAAAUCUAAAAGGUCAAAUUUUGAAAACAAAGUACAACUUGACAAAGUUAUGUUUAUAUAAUGAAAAAAUAACUAAUGAUGAACAAGAAAUCACAUUUGAUGAAAUUAAUAUGCAAAUUUCUAAUGAUAAGAUCGGAAAAUAUGCAACUAUUGAAAUGAGAACUUCUAUUUCUGAAAAAUUUGGAAUUGGUAUUACCAAAAAUAUUUUUAUUGCAGAUGUUAAUCUACUUUCACGUCCGAAACAAAUUCACAAAACCAUAGGUGAUGGUAAUUGCUUUUUUAGGGCAAUAUCGUAUAUCAUUACAGGCAGUGAAUGCAGUUAUGAAAUUAUAAGAAAAAAAGUUGUUAAACAUAUGUGUACUCAUAUUAAUAAUGAAAUGACUUUAUAUAUGAAUCAAUCAAUAAUAACGUAUCUAAAUGAAAGUGGUAUGAGUGAUAACACAACUUGGGCAACUGAUGCAGAAAUAAUUGGGUGUGCCUCGUUCAUGGGUAUUGAUAUAAAAGUAUAUAGCAAAUAUGGAGAGAAGUUGAAAUGGCUGACUUACCCAUGUAGUUUAACACUUACACAGCUUAGUGAACAUGCUAUAUUCCUUGACAAUUCAACUGCAGGUCACUUUAAUGUUGUACUGUUGUAA